CAAUCAAAACAAGCCUUAUGGUGGAUGAGAAUGAGACUCAAAUUUGAGUUUUAUAAUAUCCUAUCAUUUUAGUUUAAUUACUCCCUAGUAUUUAAAUAGGAUGCUAAAGUAAUUCCGAGUGAAAACAUCACCACCCUACACAAGCUUCUGGUGAUGGAUGUCAGGAUCAGGUGGGUGAAACAUAGGAGAGUUUCGAGUGGCAACACACACAUCCGGUGGAUGAGACUAAGUGGGGAGAAUAUCUCUGAGUUGAUCAGGCGAGUGCAGGAGAAAGGGGCGCGGGAAUCGGCCGGAGAGGCUGCUGAUAUGUGGACGCAGACUGCUAACUGCAUCAGGGAAGCUGCCAGGGAAGUGCUUGGUGUGAGCUCUGGCUCAGGGAGUAGGCGGCAGGGUGAUUGGUGGUGGAGCGAUUCAGUCCAGAGUAAGGUGGAAGCUAAGAAGGUGGCAUAUUUGAGGUACAUGGGCUGCAAUGUUGAGGAAGAAAGAGCGGCGUUACGAGUGGAGUACAAGAAGGCACGUAAAGAAGCUAAGUUAGAGGUUACAAGGGCAAAGAAUGCCGCUUUUGAACGCCUCUACAAGGAUAUUGAGGAGAAAGGCGGUGUUAAUACACUGUUCCGGCUUGCUAAAGUUGAGCCGGGGGUCUCUUGGAAACAGCCUCCCUGCUUCCAAGUAGGGGCAAUGUCUGCGUACACACACCCUCCCCAGACCCUACUGUAGUGGGAUCCAACUGGGUUGUUGUUGUUGUUGUUUUGUAUUUAAAUAGGACCUUUACAAAUUUUCCACCACAUUAGUUUUUUUUGUUAAUUUUUGGAAAAUUAUGAUGUGAAUGUACUACCUUGUAUUUGAAACAAAAACUUUAUCUAAUU